AUGAAUGAAUGGCAAAAAGUGAUAAACAAACAAGCGGUGAUCGUUGAGAGAAAGACGGUAGAAAUGCAAAUAAACUUACUACUGCAUAACGAACUUUUCGCGGCUUUUGGCUCAUGAGAGCAAAGUAUUUGUAAAAGAAACUGGAACAGAAAAGAAGAAAAAAUGGGAGCAGUUGUCAAAGGGAAAAACAAAAACAUUUUCAACUUUUCAGCUGGGUAAUUGGUCUGAGAAACGUGGAUGGAGCUUCGAUUCUCGGUACGCCAACCGAUGGGAAUUCGAUAUUGAUCCGGACUCGGAAGAUCUGGAGGGACUCCAUCUCCGAGUGGUCGUUUAUUUGGAGGAACCGUUUGUGAUCAAAACGGGCGACAAUCAGUACGAGGGAUUCUGCAUUGAUCUGCUGAACGAGAUGACGAAGGUCCUCAAGUUCAACUAUACGAUCAUUGAGGUGCAAGACGGAACAUAUGGAAUAGAGGUGAGAGUAGGGAAGAGGACGCCACUUGAAUGAAGGAAGGGUUACAGGACGAAUCUGGGAGGUGGAAUGGGAUCAUCGGAGCACUUCAGAGGCACGAGGCCGAUCUGUCACUCUCUGCAGUUACGAUCACUUAUAGCAGGGCAGAAGUUGUUGGUGAGCAAUGUUUCUGAGGGAAAUUAACACAAUUCAAAUAAAAUUUCAGACUUUACACUUCCAUUUAUGCACCUCGGAAUAUCCAUUCUUCUUGCCAGAACAUCCGAAGAAACGGACAAAGGUUCACUGUGGACUUUCCUGGAGCCGUUGUCUCUGACUGUCUGGGUCAGCCUGCUCUGCAGCUAUUGCAUCGUCUCCUAUUCAAUGCAUUUGCUUGCCAAGUUCUCACCGUACGAAUGGUAACUUCACGAGUACAAAUGUUGUGAAGAUUGCCCCUUUUUUCAGGUAUAACAUUGAGCGCAUUGACGAACGAGACUUUGAGAACAUUAAAAACCAAAAGAAUCAGUUCACAGUGCUCAAUUCGUUCUGGUUCACAAUGGGAUCUUUGAUGCAGCAGGGAUCCGACGUGAUCCCGAGAGCCGCGGCCACCAGGCUCAUUGCCGUUGUGUGGUAAGUUCAAUGAGACCACUUUCAAACGGAAUAAGCGUCCUUCUUCCAGGUGGAUGUUCACUCAAAUCAUAAUCUCUUCUUAUACUGCCCAAUUGGCUGCCUUCCUGACCGUGGAGAGAAUGUCCACACCGAUAGAAAGUACGCAGGACUUGGCCAAUCAACAGAAAAUAGAUACGGAGUACUCAAAAGCGGGUCGACUAUGGACUUCUUCCGCGAGAGCAAGAUACCGAUGUACGAGCGGAUGUGAGUGAUCUCAGCCAUUAACGCUUUGAGGAAUGAGCUCUUUUUGCAGGUGGUCAGUGAUGGAAUCUUCCUCGCCCGGAGUGUUUGUAAACAGUUCUCGGGAGGGAAUUGCACGGGUCAAAUCGGGUGGAUACGCGUACAUGAUGGAGAGUUCAAUGCUCGAAUAUUACCUGGAAAGAGAUUGCGACCUGCAAAGCAUAGGAGGUUUACUCGAUUCGAAAGUAAGACAAUAGCCCAUUCCAAAGAAUUUGAGGACAUUCUUCAGGGUUACGGUAUUGCUCUUCCGAAAGGAUCUCCGUUACGAGACAUAUUAUCAAGAACAGUUCUGCAGUUACAAGAAAGGACUAUUUUAGAAGCACUCAAGAAUAAAUGGUGGAGGGAUAUGCGAGGUUCGUAUUCUUUGUCAGGUGCUCUCACUUUUAUUAGAUUCAGAAGGUCCUUCUUGUGGUCCGCCGCCUGCGGAAAAAGCAACAAACUCGAAACCUCAGAAUAUAUUCGGUUGGUUUCAUGCCCAAUAUAAACUGACCUCAAUAGGUAACUUUCAGGAAUCUUCUACGUGCUGCUCACCGGUCUCAUCGUGGCCUUCCUUCUGGCGUGCGGAGAGUACUGCAUUGAAUCCCGGCACGACGUGUUCCGUCUCAAAUUGACAAUCUUCGGAAAGGUUCCCACCGAACUCUCAGUUCUUUUCAUUUUCUUGCUUUCAGCUCUCUGACUGGUACCGUGGCAACUCGAAAGAUUUGAAGAAUCGGAACAAAAUGAGGAAUGUGCAACUGGACACUGCCGGCCAGGAAGUCGCCAUGUGAGUCGUCCCCUUUCCUCUCGCCAUUCAUUUCAGAUCAAACUCUUAAAAUUCCGCUUCUCUCGUACAAUUAUAUUCGGUUCGAUUUCCUGCAGAAAUCCUGAUUUUGCAUGAAAAUUCGCGGCAGAAUUUUCCGAACUUUUCUUUUCAGUUUCAAUAAUAAAUUAGAAUGAAGAAAAGAGAGAUUCCCGAGAAAGGUAGGUCGAAUCGAUCGCUUCUGCAUGCAAAACCGCUUCUUCCUUGGUUUUCUUCGACCGUUUUGUUGGCUGACUCUCGAGCUUUCGGUUUUCAUUUUCAUCUUUCCUAUCCGUUUCGUUUCCCUCUUUUGGUUGGCAAAUGAGAAAACUUCCAGAGAAUUCACAAAUCACCGUUUCCAUCCACUUUUCUAACCGAAUAGUUGAAUACUCACUUUCACACACCAACUAACGCCCUAACUCUUCAGUCUUUCCUGUUCCCCGCCAACUUGUUUUUUCAGAUCCUCCCGUCCGGAUCUUCCUCUUGCACCUCCACCGCAGUCAUCUCUUCCUUCGAGACCUGAUCCGAACCGUCUCUCCAUCUCCUCCCCAGCUCCCACCAUCUGCGUCGUUUCCUGCGAUGACGGCGCUCCCGUCUGUCAGGACAGACCGCCCUCCAUCAGUCGAGCUGGGCUCCGAAGGCUCAGUCGCAUGCUUCCGGCCACGACGCACGAGCAGUUGUCCCGCUUCCGACUGGGAUCCACGUCGUGA